CUGCAUAUGCAAUUUAAGAACGUCCUGUUCAAGAGUACCGCUGUGCACUUUUACUACGCGUACGGAUUUUCAUUCCUUUCAAUUACUUAUAAAAUGAAAUGAAAAUUGAGUCGAGAGGAAAAGACCGACUUUCUCCUCUGCGAGAGGGAGCGUAUGUAGGUAACGUAUAUCGUAUACUACAUAGUACGUACCCGUACACAUGUCUAUGACGGAAACCUGCUGAUAUAACUAACCAGACCACGUAUGCAAUUGUGCGCCGUUGCAACUUCAUUCAUAGCCAAGGAGUGGGGAAUCAGAAUUGAAGAAAGGAAGGGGAGGAGGAGCGGAUAGUGGUAUAUCGAAAACUUCUUGCCGUCACACGAAAAUCGAGAAUUCUACACAUAUAAGUGUGUAUGUAUGUAUGUGUAUGUGUAUCCUUACGCUGCGAGGAACGCUGGAACGAAAACGCGAUCGCGAUCGCAAUAAAUAGUGAUCUUUCGCGGUUACGCUGUGCGGUUUCGUGGGUCGUCGUCACUUUUCGAAAAACACGUUGGACGACGUCGUGGAAUACGGAGGAUCGAUCGAAGAAGUUUAGUACUUGAGGAACUAUUUUUAGACAGAGGGGCGGUCGUUGGCGGCCAUGAUGGGUGUCAGCAGCAGCAGCAGGCAGCAGCAGCAGCAGCAGCAGCAGUAGCAGCAGCAAGUAGUGACGGCAUUCACUUUGCGUCAGUUGAUUUCUGUGCGCCGAUGAUCGGGUCGAGGUUUUCUGGUUUGAUUUGAGCGUACCGUAAAGUCGGGACAGUUGUACAUACAUAGAGGGACGAGAGACAGUCGCGAUCCUGUUUCGCGACCCGAGUAUAAAAGCGGCCGGGAAAACCUCGGAAAGUCAUUGAAAACAUCUGAAAAAUGACGCAGUUACUGCCCAUAAGGUUUCAAGAACAUCUCCAGCUCACAGCUGUCGGGAUUAACGCCAACAAUGUCAGUUUCAAUACGCUUACCAUGGAAUCUGAUAAAUUUAUUUGCGUUCGGGAGAAAGUUGGUGAUACCGCACAGGUAGUUAUCAUUGACAUGAACGAUUCUGCAAAUCCCAUCAGAAGACCUAUCUCUGCAGAUUCUGCGAUCAUGAAUCCAGCCAGCAAAGUAAUUGCUUUGAAAGCGAUGAAAACCCUUCAGAUUUUCAACAUAGAAAUGAAGUCGAAAAUGAAAGCUCACACAAUGACGGAGGACGUGGUGUUCUGGAAAUGGAUAUCUUUGAACACGUUGGCAUUGGUAACAGAAACGGCAGUUUAUCAUUGGUCGAUGGAAGGGGAGUCGACGCCGAAUAAAAUGUUUGAGCGACAUCCUUCAUUGAACGGCUGUCAAAUAAUCAACUACCGGACCGAUCCGAAACAAACGUGGCUUCUACUGAUCGGGAUCUCUGCCCAACACUCGAGAGUCGUAGGCGCCAUGCAACUGUACUCUGUGGAGAGGAAAUGUUCUCAACCGAUCGAAGGACAUGCUGCCGCUUUUGCCCAAUUUAAAAUGGAGGGGAACGCGGAACCGAGUAACUUGUUCUGUUUCGCGGUGAGAACGGUUCAGGGUGCGAAGCUUCAUAUAAUCGAGGUGGGCCAACCGCCUGCCGGUAACCACCCGUUUCCAAAGAAAGCAGUGGACGUUUUCUUCCCGCCGGAAGCUGGGAACGAUUUCCCGGUCGCGAUGCAAGUCAGCUCCAAGUACGACGUUAUAUAUCUGAUAACGAAAUACGGGUAUAUACACAUGUACGACAUCGAAUCAGCCACGUGUAUAUUUAUGAAUCGCAUAUCCGGCGAAACUAUUUUCGUCACUGCGCCUCACGAGGCGUCCGGCGGCAUAAUCGGAGUGAAUCGGAAAGGUCAGGUACUGUCCGUGUCCGUGGACGAGGAGAACAUAAUUCCGUAUAUAAACGGGGUGCUGCAAAAUUCUGAGCUCGCGUUGCGAAUGGCCGUGCGAAACAACUUGUCGGGAGCUGAAGAUCUGUUCGUGCGCAAGUUCAAUCUACUGUUCCAAAGCGGUCAGUACGCGGAAGCGGCGAAAGUCGCGGCAAACGCUCCGAAAGGUAUUCUUCGAACACCGGCGACCAUCCAACGUUUCCAACAGGUACCCACCACGCAGGGACAAACGUCGCCGCUGUUACAAUAUUUCGGGAUCCUUCUCGAUCAGGGUCAGUUGAACAAGUACGAAUCGUUGGAAUUGUGCCGGCCUGUACUCGUGCAAGGUCGUAAACAGCUGCUCGAGAAAUGGUUGAAGGAGGAUAAACUGGAGUGUAGCGAGGAGUUGGGCGACUUGGUGAAACAAGCCGAUCCGACUUUGGCCCUGAGCGUGUAUCUACGGGCGAACGUACCGCAGAAAGUUAUACAAUGCUUCGCGGAGACUGGCCAAUUUCAGAAGAUCGUGUUAUACGCGAAGAAAGUGUCGUACACGCCCGACUAUAUAUUUUUGUUACGGAACGUGAUGAGAAUCAAUCCGGAUCAGGGUGUGGCUUUUGCCCAGAUGCUCGUUCAAGACGACGAACCGCUGGCCGACAUCAAUCAGAUCGUCGAUAUAUUUAUGGAGCAGAACAUGGUUCAGCAAUGUACAGCAUUUUUGUUGGACGCUUUGAAGAACAAUCGGCCGAGCGAAGGUCCGUUGCAGACGCGGCUGUUGGAAAUGAAUCUAAUGUCCGCGCCGCAGGUCGCCGAUGCGAUCUUGGGCAACCAAAUGUUUACGCACUACGACAGAGCUCAUUGCGCGCAGUUGUGCGAGAAAGCUGGCUUGUUGCAACGCGCUUUAGAGCAUUACACCGAUCUGUACGACAUCAAACGGGCCGUGGUGCACACGCACCUACUGUCUCCCGAUUGGCUCGUUGGAUUUUUUGGAACGUUAUCCGUCGAGGAUUCUCUCGAAUGUUUGAAGGCAAUGUUGACCGCGAAUAUUAGGCAAAAUUUACAAAUUUGCAUUCAAAUCGCAACGAAAUAUCACGAACAGUUGACCACCAAAGCAUUGAUAGAUUUGUUCGAGAGCUUUAAAUCGUACGAAGGAUUGUUCUACUUCUUGGGAUCUAUAGUUAAUUUCAGUCAGGAUCAAGAAGUACACUUUAAGUAUAUUCAAGCAGCUUGUAAGACUGGACAGAUCAAGGAGGUCGAACGAAUCUGUAGAGAGAGCAAUUGUUAUAAUCCGGAGCGUGUAAAGAAUUUUUUGAAGGAAGCAAAACUGUCCGAUCAGUUACCGCUGAUUAUCGUUUGCGACCGAUUCGAUUUUGUACACGAUCUUGUACUCUACCUUUAUCGGAACAAUUUGCAGAAGUACAUAGAAAUUUAUGUCCAAAAGGUAAAUCCCUCGCGUUUACCGGUCGUAGUCGGUGGUUUGUUGGACGUGGACUGUUCGGAGGAUAUAAUAAAAAAUCUGAUCCUCGUGGUACGUGGUCAAUUCUCUACCGACGAACUCGUGGAGGAAGUCGAGAAGCGAAAUCGUUUGAAGCUUUUGCUUCCGUGGCUGGAGUCUCGUGUUCACGAAGGAUGCGUCGAACCUGCUACGCACAAUGCGCUGGCAAAAAUAUACAUUGACAGUAACAAUAAUCCAGAAAGAUUCCUCAAAGAGAAUCAGUUCUACGAUAGUAGAGUCGUAGGAAAAUAUUGUGAGAAACGUGAUCCACAUUUAGCAUGUAUCGCCUACGAACGUGGUCAAUGCGAUCGGGAAUUGAUAAGUGUAUGCAAUGAGAACAGCCUUUUCAAAAGCGAAGCUAGAUAUUUGGUGAGACGCAGAGAUCCCGAUCUAUGGGCCGAAGUUCUUCACGAAAGCAACCCCUACAAGAGGCCGUUGAUCGAUCAGGUCGUACAAACAGCUUUGUCAGAGACACAAGAUCCCGAAGAUAUAUCGGUUACCGUCAAAGCGUUCAUGACCGCCGAUUUGCCGAACGAACUGAUCGAGCUUCUCGAGAAAAUCGUACUCGAUAGCAGCGUAUUCAGCGAUCACCGCAACUUACAAAACCUCUUGAUUCUAACGGCAAUAAAAGCUGAUCGUACGCGCGUUAUGGAAUAUAUAAACCGAUUAGACAAUUACGACGCACCCGACAUUGCUAACAUCGCUAUUAAUAAUGAGCUGUACGAGGAAGCUUUCGCCAUCUUUAAGAAAUUCGAUGUCAAUACAUCGGCUAUACAAGUUUUAAUCGAGCAAGUUAAUAAUCUAGACAGAGCAUACGAAUUUGCUGAACGGUGUAACGAGCCACCGGUAUGGUCUCAAUUAGCCCGGGCGCAAUUACAGCAAGGUUUAGUCAAGGAAGCUAUAGACAGUUUCAUCAAAGCAGACGAUCCAUCGGCGUACGUAGAUGUAGUAGAAACUGCUCAUCGAACAUCUCAUUGGGAGGAUUUAGUCCGUUACUUGCAAAUGGCACGCAAGAAGGCGCGUGAAUCUUUCAUCGAAAGCGAGUUAAUUUAUGCAUACGCAAGAACCAACAGACUCGCAGAUCUCGAAGAGUUCAUUUCGGGUCCUAAUCAUGCCGACAUACAAAAGAUCGGCGACAGGUGUUUCGACGACAAAAUGUACGAAGCUGCCAAGCUUUUGUAUAACAACGUGUCGAAUUUCGCACGAUUAGCCAUUACGCUGGUCCACUUGAAAGAAUUCCAAGGUGCCGUUGACAGCGCCCGCAAAGCGAAUUCGACCCGUACUUGGAAAGAGGUCUGCUUCGCUUGUGUGGACAGCGGAGAAUUUCGACUGGCGCAAAUGUGCGGAUUGCACAUUGUCGUGCACGCCGACGAACUAGAAGAUCUGAUCAAUUAUUACCAAGAUCGAGGCCACUUUGAGGAGCUUAUAAACUUGUUGGAGGCUGCCCUGGGCCUCGAGAGAGCACACAUGGGAAUGUUCACCGAGUUAGCUAUACUUUACAGCAAAUAUAAGCCACAGCGAAUGAGAGAACAUCUCGAACUCUUUUGGUCUCGCGUCAAUAUACCAAAGGUGCUUCGGGCAGCGGAACAAGCACAUUUAUGGGCAGAGCUUGUAUUUUUGUAUGAUAAAUACGAAGAGUACGACAACGCAGUUCUCGCGAUGAUGCAACACCCGACCGAAGCCUGGCGGGAGGGUCACUUUAAAGAUGUGAUCACCAAAGUAGCCAAUGUCGAACUGUAUUACAAGGCUAUACAGUUUUACGUCGAGUACAAACCUCUACUGCUUAACGAUAUAUUGCUCGUGCUUGCUCCGCGCAUGGACCACACGAGAUCGGUCGCGUAUUUCAAGAGGACCGGACACUUGCAGCUCGUGAAACCAUAUCUGAGGUCGGUUCAAGCGCUGAACAACAAAGCUAUCAACGAGGCUCUGAACGGUCUGCUCAUAGACGAGGAGGAUUAUCAAGGUCUGAGAACGUCCAUCGACGCGUUCGACAAUUUUGAUAACAUUGCGCUGGCGCAACAAUUAGAAAAGCACGAAUUAAUCGAGUUUAGAAGAAUCGCAGCGUAUUUGUACAAGGGUAACAACAGAUGGAAGCAAUCGGUAGAAUUGUGUAAAAAGGAUCGACUGUUCAGAGAUGCUAUGGAGUAUGCGGCAGAGUCUCACAAUCCCGAAGUUGCCCAGGAAUUGUUGGAAUGGUUCUUGGAAAGGGGAUCGAAAGAUUGUUUCGCAGCAUGCCUGUUUCAUUGUUACGAUUUGCUGAGUCCGGAUGUUAUUCUGGAACUAGCGUGGAGAAAUCGCAUUUUACAUUUCGCUAUGCCGUACCUUAUACAAGUCGCUCGAGAAUAUAUUACGAAAGUCGACAAACUGGAAGAAGCUGAAAGUCGACGUAUGGAAGAAACCGAUCAUCAAGAACAUAAGCCUAUGAUUAUGCCGGAGCCUCAGUUAAUGUUGACAGCAGGACCAGGUAUGAUGGCACCUGGUUAUGCACCGCAAGGUGUCUACGGUGCGCCUCCACAGGGUGUCUACGCACCGGCGGCAGCGGCAGCGGCGGCGUACCAGGCUUAUGGUAUGUGAAACACGAUGUGUGACACGUUCAACAACAACAGAGAUCAACAAAAUCUACUUUUCUAUAAUAUCUAGGUAAACGAAAAAAAAACAAGAUUAUUUCAAUAGCUCACAAUUAUUAUUAAAUGCUAAAACGAUAUCUCAUUAAAGCGAGAGAGAGAGAGAGAACGAAUAGAAAAAAGUGUUGCCGCGGAAUAAUUGUAACAUAAACGGUGAAAGAUAAUGUGAACGGUUAAAGUGAAGAAGAAUAUUUAAACGCGAAUUUCUAGUUAGUGGG